GUCCCACGCAAUGCGCAAGGGGGGAUUCUAAAGGGGGGGGGGGCCAUCUCUCUCAGCUGAGGUUAUCCGCCCCGUAAAUAAACAUUCCGAUCCCCGGAUUUACGAUAAACAGUUUACCAGCGAGCGGCACAUGGCACCAUUCGGGCCUCACUACCUAGGUAGACUAAGUUUAGGGAUAACGACAGCGGACAUCUUGUCAUCAAUAAGCCUAAAAAUUAACAAUGACGAACUGGGUUGACUAAAAAUACCAACCCGGCCCCCUCCCCCGUCCCGCUCCUAUUCAGGUCCAGGAUCGAGAGAGAGAGAGACAGCAAGAGAGAGCAUAGAGAAUAUCUACCAGCAAUUCCGCGAUCCAAGAUUCAAGAAUUUAUACCCCAAAUUCGAAAUUCCUAUAACUUAAUCAAUAACGGAUGCGCUCAUCCCAUAUACGUAUACGUAUACGCAUAGUUAAUCGCAACCAUGUCGUUCCUAUUUUCGAGGGCCAGAACCAGAACUAACACUCUGGAUCUUCCUAAGCAAGCCAGAGAUCAUCUUCUCAAGCUUGACACCCCCGGCAAAGCUGAGGAGCUAGCGAAGGUGCUGAACCAGAUGAAGCUCAUCCUUCAAGGAACACCAGACGUGGAUAGUACCCCAGAGCAAGUAUACCAGCUGGUUACAGGUCUGAUAGAAGAGGAUCUUCUCCUUCUGCUAGCUCAAACCCUACACCGCCUCCCCUUCGAGUCCCGAAAAGACACGCAAGUUAUAUUCUCCUACGUGUUCCGGUUCCGACCCCCGACGGCGUCGCCGAAGACGGAUCCUGUCGCGUUGAGCUACGUAGUAAACAAUAAACCCCAGAUUUUAUUAGAACUAUGUCGAGGGUACGAUCACAAGGAGAGCGCAACGCCCGCGGGCACUGUGCUUCGUGAAGUGCUAAAGAACGAGGCGGCCGCUGCCAUUAUAUUAUAUGACGAUGGGGAAGAGCCCGGUUCUAGUUUGAAGGGCGUAACAGCCAUUGAUAGAGAGCGACCACAGAGCGGUAAUGGUGUUUUUUGGCGAUUCUUCGAAUGGAUCGACAAGAGUUCGUUUGAAGUUGCCGCCGACGCCUUCACGACAUUCAGAGAACUCCUCACAAAACACAAAGAGCUCGUGCCACGCUACCUCUCGAUAAACUUCGAGCUCUUCUUCGACAAGUACAACAAUAUCCUAGUACAGUCGAACAGCUACGUAACGAAGCGGCAGUCGAUCAAGUUGCUGGGCGAGAUAUUGCUCGACCGGUCCAACUACAACGUCAUGACCGCGUACGUCGACCGCGGGGAGCACCUCAAAAUCUGCAUGAACCUGCUGCGCAGCGACCGCAAGAUGGUGCAGUACGAGGGCUUCCACGUCUUCAAGGUCUUCGUGGCCAACCCCCACAAGUCCAUCGCCGUGCAGAAGAUCCUGCUCAUGAACCGCGAGAAGCUCCUCAACUUCCUCUCCCACUUUCUCGAGGACCGCACCGACGACGAGCAGUUCAUCGACGAGCGCGAGUUCCUCAUCAAGCAGAUCAGGAACAUGCCCCCGAACCCCGUUCCUCCGACUCGCCAGCUAGCGGUCUAGGGACCUUCUGACGGACAAAUCGAUUUCAAGCAUGGUUCAAAUUUUCAUUUUCCGCUUUGGUAGCAAGGGGCUUCUUAGAUAUCAGGCUUGAACAGUAGACGUACCAAGCAGCCGUCAUUGGCAAUCAUUGUGUGCAUGUAGUUAGGCGUUUAGGUAAUGACUGGACAAACGAAAGUACAGACGAGCGCCAAUCGCAAUGAAACCUCUCAAUGAUAUAUUAUUUCCUCGUGAUAAGACAUAAUUCAUAGUAGUAUCUACCCUUAAGUUAGGUACCUACUUACUAUCAGAGCAGGUUGUUGUUGUGAGCAGUGGAUUCUAGCUUAGGUAGCUAUAAAAUAUACGAUACAAGCUUGUGAUAUGCUAUCACAAUAGUCA